UUAAGACAUGGCGGGCCAGACAAAGUCAAUGCCGGCAAAAACGGACUCUCCCCCAAUUGUUUUCUCAUUCUAUAAUUAGACUCCAAUCACUCCCAAAUUCCCAUAUUCUUUUUUAUCUCUCAGAUUCCACAAAAACAAAGAAGACAACAACAAAGUCUUUAAGGAACAAUGGAGAGCAAUGGAGAGAACAAGACAGUUUCAAGACAAUCAUCAUCCUUCAGUUUACGUAGCCCAAGCUUAAACGCACUUCGUCUCCAACGUAUCUUCGACUUAUUCGACAAAAACGGCGACGGUUUCAUCACCGUCGAAGAGCUAAGCCAAGCUUUAUCCCGUCUCGGUCUCAACGCUGAUCUCUCCGACCUCAAAUCAACCGUCGAGUCUUACAUCCAGCCCGGAAACACCGGUCUCAACUUCGACGAUUUCUCUGCUUUGCACAAGACGCUCGACGACUCUUUCUUCGGCGGAGACGGAGAUGUUAACGGAGGUGAUGGUAAUAAUGAUCCUUCUUCCGCCGCUGCGGAUGAAACGGAUCUACAGGAGGCGUUUAAGGUGUUUGACGAGAACGGCGACGGGUUCAUCUCAGCUAGGGAGCUUCAAGCUGUUCUCAAGAAACUUGGUUUGCCUGAAGGUGGAGAGAUGGAGAGAGUUGAGAAGAUGAUCGUUUCCGUUGACCGGAAUCAAGAUGGUCGCGUUGACUUUUUCGAGUUCAAGAACAUGAUGCGCACCGUCGUCAUCCCUUCUUCUUAAUUCCACACACAAAAAAAAAACAUUUUUUUUUUACUCCAAAGAUUGUUAAAGUUUGUAUUUUUCUCAGUUUAUUAUUAUAUGUAACGAAU